GUUGCUGCCUGCGAGAGCUGAGAGGAGGCAGGCCGGGGCGGGAGGAGCGAAGCGGCUUGCCCGAGGUGGCCCGGCGGGAGAGCCGGGGCGCGAGGGCCAGGUUCCUGGAGAGCCCGUCUGGUGCCUUGUAACCACUAGCUCACACUGCCUCUCUGCGUGUCUGGCGUGUCGGCAAACCCGCCCAGCCGGCUGGGGAGUGAUCACGCCGUCACCGCCGGACUCCUGCCUCCGUUUGACUCAGUCGCUUGCUUAAGACCAUCGUCCAGCUCCCAGCAAGCGAUAAGCCCUUGCUCAGCUAGAGGGUUGCGUCUCGACAUGGGACCCCCUCUGCUGAAGGUUUAAUUUAAUUUAAUUUAAUCGGUGGCUUUAGCCCCCGCCAAAAAACAUGUAGCAAGGCUGACAUGGCAGCAAUCGGCUGGGACCGGCUUCUUCCAUGGGACCCUGAUCCCCUUUUGGGCACGUUUGCACAGGCACCUGGAUGAAGCAGAAGCGGCCCAAGAGCAGUGACCCCCGACUGGCCGCAGCCCCGCGGGAGGAAGGCAGGCAGCCGGCCGCUGGCGGAAGCUGGAGCUUGCAGCGCAGCUUGGGAAGUGCCUGUCCAGCCAAAGAGCCUGCGAUGUGCAGGGCUGCAGCCUGAGCCAGCCCGACGGGGGCCUGGGUUGCAGGAAGGGGACUCGCUGCCGGGUCCCUGGAGAAGGGAAGAAGGACCCAGCCUCUCCCCACCGCCUGCACUAGCGAAACCUCUUGGGACGUCUGGCGCCUUGUGGCAGAGCAAGGCUUUGUGUAAAGCACUGGUCAGCACAGCAACGCCCCCAACCAAGGACAUUGACUCCCCCAGACUGGACCCCCUCCUGGAGCCCCGGCCCUCCACCGCUGCCCCUCCAGGGGCUUGCUCCCUGGUAGGGCCCUGCUCUCCAUCCCCCCCUCCUGCUGCACCCUGCCGGGCAUCGUGCCCCAGCUCCCCCUCUGCUCCAGGGCAUUGCACCCCAGGUGCGUUGCCCGCCCCCUUCCCCAGGGAGCUGCCUCCGGCUGGCAGAGCCAUGAAGCUGCAGGCCGUGAUGGAGAACCUGCAGCGGCAGCAGCGAGCCCGGCUGCAGCAGGAGCUGGAGGCACGGCAGCAACAGGAGCAGCCACCACGGCCACGCUCCACACCUCCGCCACCGGUGCAGCCCCCAGCGCCAGUCCCCGGGCACAAUGCCGCCCUUGCUGCAGGGGCCUCGCCGCUGGCACGGAGCCGUAGUCAGGACCCAGCCCUAGCUGAGGAAAGCACGGAGCCUGAGAGUGCCCGGAUGCAGCGGGCACAGAUGGCCGCUCUGGCUGCCAUGCGGGCUGCAGCCGCCGGCCUCAGCCACUCGUCCAGCCCGGGCGCAUCGGAUGAGAGCCAGGCCGAGGAGGAAGAGGAGGACGAGGAGGAGCGGGGCGAGGAGGACGAGGACGGUGACGGCGGGUACCAGCAGGACAUGGGCUCUGAGGAUGAUGACGACCUGAAGCGCAAAUGGGAUGAAGGUGACUUUGAGGAGGACCUGGGGGAGGAAGAGGACGAGGAGGAAGAGGAGGAGGAGGAGGAGGAAGACGACUACGAGGAGGAUGAAGAAAUGGGGGAGGAAGGGCUUGGCUCGGCCGAGGCGGUAAGAGCGGGGCAGGGCUCCCUGCUCCUCCGCAAGCCGCAGGCCCCUCAGCAGUACCGGGGAGAGCCGCAGAGGUUGCCUGGGGGGCAGGACCGCCUCUCGUCCGGAUUGAGCCAUCAGGGGCACUCGCAGCUGCAGCAGCAGGCGCCAGACCACGGAGACUGGACCUACGAGGAGCAGUUCAAGCAACUGUACGAGCUGGACAGUGACCCCAAGAGGAAAGAGUUCCUGGACGACCUCUUCAGCUUCAUGCAGAAGCGAGGGACCCCCGUGAACCGGAUCCCCAUCAUGGCCAAGCAGGUGCUGGACCUGUACAUGCUGUACAUGCUGGUGACCGAGAAGGGCGGCCUGGUGGAAGUGAUCAACAAGAAGCUGUGGCGGGAGAUCACCAAGGGGCUCAACCUGCCCACCUCCAUCACCAGCGCUGCCUUCACGCUGCGGACCCAAUACAUGAAGUACCUGUACCCCUACGAAUGUGAGAAGCGGGGGCUGAGCAACCCCAACGAGCUGCAGGCCGCCAUCGACAGCAACCGGCGAGAGGGCCGGCGGCAGAGCUUUGGCGGCUCCCUCUUCACCUACUCGCCCAGUGGCACCCACAGCAUGCUGUCCUCCCCCAAGCUGUCAGUGCCUGCCCUGGGGCUGGCCGGUGCCACCAACGGCAGCCCCAUCACCCCGGUGCAGAAGAUCAAGAAAGAGGAGGACACCCCCAUCCCCAUCUCCGUGCCCAGCCGCCUCCCUGUCUCCCUGGCCGGCCACCCCGUGGUAGCAGCGCAGGCCGCGGCCGUGCAGGCCGCCGCGGCUCAGGCCGCCGUGGCCGCUCAAGCCGCCGCCCUCGAGCAGCUGCGAGAGAAGCUGGAGUCCGGGGAGCCCCCGGAGAAGAAGAUGGCGCUGGUGACGGACGAACAGCAGCGGCUGAUGCAGCGCGCCCUGCAGCAGAACCUCCUGGCCAUGACGGCUCAGCUGCCCAUGAGCAUCCGCAUCAACAGCCAGGGCACCCGCUCGCCAGCAGAAAACCGGCAGGAUUCCAGCCUGAACCUGGGCAGCAACGGCACCAACAGCAUCAGCAUGUCGGUGGAGAUCAACGGUAUUGUCUACACAGGUGUGCUGUUCGCCCAGCCCCCCGGCCCUUCGUCCUCCUCGCUGCCUCCCUCCACCUACAGCAAAGGCAACACCAGCACCAGCCGCAGCAGCAGCGGAGCAGGCAGCGCCCCUCCGGCAGCUCCCCCGGCGGGUUUGUCAGCCCCUCCAACCUCGACCUCCAAUAACUCUUCGCCUUAGCCACCCCCUUCCUCCCCCCCCACCCCGCGGCAGCGCCUCAUCUCGCCAAAACCCUAAUAAAACCCAGCCGUACAGAGCGCUCCGAUCACAGCUAACGCCAAAAAAAAGGAAAAAAACCCCAAGAGCCGCUUGCCUCUGGCUGUCCAGGGCUGGGGCUGUUCACUCUCGGCCCCCAGAGGGUUUGGGAUGAAAAUGAGCAAAAAAAAAAAAAAAAAAAGCUUUAAUUUUGGGGAAGGGGAGGGGGGGUCAUUGAGAAGCCGCCCGGGCCCCAAGCCGGCGGCUUGCGACACGAUGCAUUGUAAUCCCAGAACCGAUUACCUCACACACACGCCACAUUGCACUGGACGGGAAUGAACAUUAUUCCUAUUUCGAAUCAUCGAGGGUGGCCCUUGAUUUGACCCCGGGACCCCUCCAGCCCGAGGCAGAGCCCUGUGAUUUUUUUUUUUUUUUCAUGGAAACCCCCCCUUUUCCCCCUUCCAUCCCCUCUUCUUUCUUUUUUUUUUUUUUUUUUUUUAAUUUUAUUUUAUUCAGGUCGGGGGGGGGCAGGAAGGCCUUGGGAAACUGGGGUGCCGUUUUAUUCCUUUAUUUGACGAGCGAUGUUUGUUUGAGAGACGUGGAGUUUGACCGGGGGGGGGCGUUUGAUCGUGUUGUUGCUCUUGCUCUUGUAAAUAGCUUCUAUUUUAUUUGCUAAGAGAAUCGAACCUUAACACACAGAAUGAUAUAUAUUCGCGUUCGUUCAGGGAGACAGAACUCGGGAAAACUUGUAACCUCUUUUUCUCCCCCCACCCCCUUUUUGCCCCCCGCCGCCUUCUCGGUGCUGUCGACGUCGACCCCCGUCCGUUCCGGUCCGUGCUCCCCUCUUCCCAACGCUGCUGACGCCCGGGGGCUUCUGCAGGCCGGGCCGUUGGCAGCGCAUGAGCUCAGGUGUUUGUAGGUGGGGGGUGGGAUGUGGGGGGGGGGUCAGGCUGGGGCUCGGGGUUGGGAGAUGCGGAGGGGCAGAUCUGUGUUUCUUAGGAGCCUCGUUUCUAGCGCUGCCUCGCUUGGGGUGGGGGGCAGUCUGCGUUCCUAGCGCCUGCUUGUUUCAGGGAUAAAAGUGAAAGGGGGGUCGGGGUCCCCCUCUACUGCUAAACCCGCUCCGCUUAACCUGGUCCCCUCCGCCUGGGGAGCCCCAGGAGGUGCGUGACCCCGAUCCGGCAAACGGUGCCGCCGCGCGCUUGUUUGGAGGCUGGACCGGGGGGCUUCAGAGAUUCAGAGCUUAGCGCGUGACUGUCGGUCGUCUUUGCUAAGCACAAUCGGCGAGGCCCCGAGGCGGCCGGACACACGGUCGAGGCCCGGGGCGGGGGGGGUUGCAAAUGUGUCGGGGUUCAGGUUGGAGCAGCAUGUCGGUUUGGGGCAAGGGGGAGCAGGGGGGUAUUGCCCGCGAGUUGAGGGGCUGGGGGGUGAGGCUGGUCGCUUGCUCCAGCCGGCCGCUGCCCUGGCCAGCAGGGAUUCUCCGUGAGACCAGCAGCAAGGUUGGGGCGAGGGUCCUCAGCUUUCCAGGCAAAGACCUGAGCCGCUUUGCAGAGUGAAGGGACGGGAGCGGGGUGGGCACGGGGCUCGGUAACCCGUGGGGUCGCUUGGAAGAGAUCCUGCAGCUGCCACCCUCAGCCUGGAGGUGCAGACGGGGUUACCCCUAGUCCCGGGGUUUCCGCACAGUGGGACACGGAGCAGGACCUGGGGCGUGUUAGAAGCCGAAGCCCACCCCACUCGCCUUCACAGUGCCAUGAUCCCGGCCCAGCACCCGCAGUUCCAGCCCUGUCUCCCUGAUCCAGAAGGGAUUUGGGGGCUGCCUGCCCCUCCGCCCCUUCUGCACCCCCCCAGCUCCAAAGGGGCUGGGGGGCGGAUUUGCAAUGACGCUGGCGCCCUGUUUGCCAGUGCGAGAGCUGCUCCUGCCCUCGCCACGGGGGACCUGCCGGCCUGUCGCAUUCCCCACUUGUAUUUUCUCGCACUCACUUAAUUUCUCAGUGGAGAAAAUUAGCCGAGGGGCAACCUGUGCUCCGAUGCGCCUGGAGUGCAGCGCUCUGCCUGUAAUUAGAUCCAGGGAGCAGCCUUUAACGAGCCCGGCACAGGAAGGCUCCCAGAGGAGAAAAACAAGGUUCCUCUAGAGAAGAAGCGCCAUUUUGGAGACAAUCGGAGGGGGGAGGCUGGUUGAAGCCGGCUAGAACAGAGGCGCGGAGCCUGAUGCAUCCCUAGCUGGGAGUCGAAUUCAGGAUCGGGCCCUAAGCCCUGUCGGACACGGGGCUUUUUCCCUGAGCUGGGACGGGUCAGAAAUCUCCCUGCCUGGGAGCACUCGGCAGCAAACAGCAUGAUGCUUGGUCCUAGGUAGGGUGUUUACGGCAAUAGGGAGCGGGCGUGAGUCUAACGCAGGGCUGGGCAUCUGCCCGAGGGCCAAGGCAGUGAUACGUCGGAGCCCGAACCCCCCCGGCGUGGCCGCCAGUGGCGAGCCCAGAGCCAGCAGCUCGUGGUACAAGGGGUCGGUCGUGGAGGGGAAGCUGGAUUUGUUUUCUCGUGUGUUUUCCUGCUGGGUUUGGUGCUUUGCUGUUUGAUCCGCAGGCUCUUUCCAGACUCCCCCACUGCGUGGCCCCGAGUCAGAGAAUCAUCCAAAAGCAGUCGGGAUCGGCGGCGGGAUCCCCCAGGCUUCGAGCCGCUUCGCGCCUGCCGGGAUGGGGAAUGCAGAACAGCCCCCCGCCCCCCGAGUGUGGCUGCGGUUCGAUCAGGGCGCAGGCACCGAUGGCCUUGUCCCACCGGUGGCUAUCAGGACAGCAGCUGCUGCUCUUACCCGGCGGCAUUGCAAAGAGGCUUCGAGCAGGUCCGGUUGUACCAGGAGAAUUAUAUCAGUAGAAAUCACACCGCUGGUCGCCAGCAUUGCUCUACUGGCAAAAAAAUGGACUUUGAAACAGGGCGGGGAUCUCGGUGCAAAGCCGGGGCAGAAAGUUGCCUCGUUUUCCUGGAGGCGUGUGCUCCGGCGUGCCUGUCGCCUUCAUCAGAGCGCGCGGUGUAGAUGCGCCCCCCGCUUCGCUACGUUCUCGGUGUGUUCGGCCGCCUGCCCCCGCACUCGCGCCUGAAGCAGUCUGCCGGGAUGGCGGGCGGGUGCAUUUUUGGGCAGGGAAAGAAGCGGAGCAGAUAACUCAGGGGAACCGGAUGAAUGACUCAGUGAAUUGCAAUCAGGUGGUUUCUUUCCACCAGGGAAGCUGCAGCACAAAGGAGGGGAGAGGUUUCCCAGGCACCUGCUGGAUUUUAAGGGCUGAAGGGCACAGCUGCCAUGUCGGGAUCUGAACGUGGGGAAUCUUGAAAAAUCUACCCCGUCUUUCAGGGUCUCGUCUUACGAGCUCGCAUCGAUUGCGGGGGGCCGGGCGCUGCACUAGCCGGCCCCGAGCUCUUUGGUCUUGGGUGCUGACAGGGGCGACGAGCCACAACGGGGGGGUGGACUGCGCGCACGUGAAACUUUGCGCCCACCCUCCAGGCUCGUCAGAGCCCAGGAGUCAGAUUUUCACGUGCUGGAGCGAGGCUGGGUGAGCCCCAGCUGGGUCUGGAGCUGCCGCGCGGCACGAGGGCCUGCUUGGGAGCGUACGUGCUGCGCGGGGUGGAGGAGCAGUGCCUGCCGUGCUCCCACCUCCGUGUAGCCAUGGGCCUCUGCUUAGCUCGGGGACCAAUUUCUAACCCUGCCCGUAACCCCUCGGUCGUCAGGGAGGUCCUGGCUUGACUUGUCGGUGGUCUGGAGCCGUGUCCUUCUCUGGGGGCUGAGAUCCUGGGAGAAGACUUGCUCUCUGGGAGACACCCAGGCAAGUCGAAAGAGCCCCAGCCUGUGAAAAAUCCUGCUGGAAGGGCGCUACCUGAUCAGCCUUGUUGCCCCAGCACCUCUCUGCCCCCACCCCAGCAGCAGCUGGGAGCCUUUUCAUCCAGCAAGACCCCCCCCUCCACCCUUGUCAGACCUGGGGUCAAACCCAUCGCAACCAGUUCAACCCCCCCCCUCGCCUGGGGAUCCAACAGGUUUAUGUGCCUUCACGCUGCCGGCCAGUUGCUUCUCACUGGACCCGUUCAUUUUAAACUCAAGGACAAUUUGCGGUCGACUUCCCUUCCCCGCCGCCCCAGUACUGUGGCCACGAGUCCAGAGGCUGCUUCGCUGCCGGGAUCUUGCUCCAAGCUGGGGCCGCGGUUUGCUGUCCAGCAGCUGUCCCGUGUCCGGCUGUCUCUGCCUUUCUGCAGCUGGGGGCGUCGGGGAGAGAGAAUUCACUUUAGCGGCAGCUGGGAGAUGCUCCUGAUAGUGCCUGAGACGGGGGAGGUCGAAGGUGUCCCCUUCCCUGGGCUCACGUCAGCCCAAAUCCAUGCAGAGGUCACGCCAGAGGGAGGAAGCCCACCCGUGCCAGACAAGCCGUGCACCCGCCGGGCCGAGGUGAAGAUCAUUGAGGCAGGUCUGAGCCAGGUGAUAGGGAGGGACUCAGACUGGGCUCACCCCGGUGCCAGGGGCCAGGGAUCAGACUGGGCGGCAGGUAUGCGGGCUGGUGGAUGUGGCAAGGAGGGGAUUCAUAUAAAGGGCCUGGGGUUUUUCCCAGAGGAGCCUCUCCCCUGACCUGCAGGCGCUGCUGGGUGAUGGGUGGCCCUGGGAUUCAGCCCUUGGGGUCCUAGCACACAAGGGUCCUGUAGGGCAGAGGGACCCUCCCCAUGUGAUGAGCUGGAGGCUCUUGGGAGCCCGUUCAGGUAAAGGGAGCAGCACCCGCCUGCACUUGGGGAUGUGCCUCCAGCCCUCUCCUUUCACCCCCCUGCACUUUGCCCAGGCCGGGGGCAAGCUGCACCCCCAUGGACUUACAGCCCCGCAGCGCCCAACCCUUCUCAUAAACACCUCCUAGCACUUCUCAGCCACUACCCUCGUGGCUCCGGGACCUGGCUUUUGGCAACCCCCAUCCCAGUUGGUGCGCUGCGCUGAUCCAGGACCUGCCCGUGUCCCCCAGGCUCUGACCUGUACUGGGAGGCGCCUGACCAGUGGGACCUGUGGGCUCCUACUGGUGUCGCUUCUUGCUCGGAAACAGCUGCGGCAAAGCUCACCCGAGCCUAGAGCCGGCAGCCGAGAUCAUCCUGCCACACCAUUGAGAUGGGACGCAUCCCCUCUCCCGGCAGCCGGAUCCAUCGGGCAUCUAGACCAAGCCAAGGGACGUCCUCCCACCGCGUGCCUCCGUGCCCAGACCUCUUCCCCGAGCCGUCCGAAAGGGAUGGACCGGGGUGCCUCCAAAUCCGGCGUCACGGAGGGGAGCCGGCCGUUAGCGCAGAAUCACUCAGCCGGCGCCAACCUCGCUUCUCUGCAGACCUCUGGGCGAGCAGGGGCAUCGGCCCUCGCUGCUGCCCUCCGAGCCCCUGCUCGAAACGGAUCCUAGCAAGACGGAAGCGCGUUGCUAUUCUGUGUAUAAGAAGGAGCCUUAGAAAGGGGUGGCGGGUGGCGGGGCGGGGGGGAGAAAUUCUAUAUCAAAUUCUAUAUAUUGUGUGUGUUUGCGUGUGUGUAUAAAGCAAAGGAAAAAAGAAAUAAUAACCCCCAAAGCCGAACAAGGAAAACCCUCCUCUUUUUAGUGUAAAACGUGUUUCUAAUGCAAUCGGAGCUCUCGAGGGAAGAGCCGGGAUUGUAACUCAGGGGACGAGGACCUGCUGUCCGCUCAGAUUGUACUGGGGAGGGGGGGCGGGGGGCCGGGAGCAGGGCAGGGCGGUGCUGCGCUCGCUGUGUCAUUUAUUUCGGGGUGCCAGUCGGGGAAAGGGGGGGGCAGGAAUUCCCGGUUCUUCGCCCCGAUUUUUUUCGCCUUAAAGUUCCCCGGCGCGGAGCGGGGGGGAAACCGGCUUGCGGGCUGGGGACCGGGGGGCUCUGGCCGGGGUAGCACAAGGCCUCGGUCUCCUGCCAUCGGGCCGCGGGAGCGCCACGAGGAUGCCUUGCCCUGAGCACUACUGAGAUGCUGGGCUGGGGGACGGGGCUGCCAGCACCCCGUGCCACGGAUCUGGGGGGGCGGCCAGCGAGGCCUCUCCAUCGGGGAGGGACCGUCACUGCCGCCACUUCUUGCUGCUGCCCCCAGCCCCUCGCCCCCGCGCAGGCCGGACGGAGGAGGGUGGGAUCCAGCAGGGACAGGCCACGCGGCCCCAGACGGAAAGCUCCUUCCCUUGCCUGGCCGGCCCCCCCAGAUCUCCAGCCCGGGGGCCGGCUGAUCCCGUCCGCCUGCUUCUGAAAGCCUGUCUGGAAAGAUGGCACGGGGCUUUUUGCUGCUAGGACUAUCAGAUGCCACUUUCAGGGCUGGCCCGACUACCUUGACCAGAUACUCUUCCUGUCAUUUGUUCUUGUGCUGGGGGUGGGGAGGGGGGGCGCGUUUAGAUCUAUAGUAGUUUUGCAUUUGUACAGUCACUGUUGGGGGGUUUUUUCCCCCCUCCCCUUAUUUUGUUUUUUGUUGGGUUUUUUUUUUUUUUUGAGAGCGUAUUACAUUCAGCUUUUAUUUCUCUCUCUCUUUUGCAUAUCGAUUAAAAAUCAGUUUCUCUGGGGUUUGAAAAGGAAAAAAAAAGAAAAAAAAAAAAAGGAAUGAACACAGCUUGCCGAUGCAUUUAUACAGUGUGCAUAUCUGAACUCAGGAAAAAAAAAAAAGAAUAUAUAUAUAAAAAACAAAAAAUAAAAAAAUAAAAACCACAUUCUACCUCUGAUAGCGGCGGGACCCGGACUUCACUGUUCCCAGGUUCCUGCAGUGAAAUAUUUCAGUUUUGCAAACAUUCAGGUGUUGAAACUUUGAUUAUUAAAAGAAAAAAAAAGAAAAAAAGAAUAAAAUAAAAACACUGAAAGUUUACAUUUUAUAAUAACAUUAUUAUACAGAUUGUAUUUAAACUUCAGAAUAUUUAAGACAAUUGUAACCCUGUAAAGUUGAUGACAUAUUAAAAAAAGAAAAAAAAAGAAGAAAAAAAAAAAGUUCUGACUUUUAA